CUCCGCCCGCAGACUCCAUCCAGGUCAAGCCUCCAUUGUGGGCACGGCCUUUCCCCCCUCCGCAUUCCGCCUCUCCAGCCCCCACCCUCCUCGGAAGUACUUCUCCGGCGAAGUACUCUUCCCGUCAGGUUCUUAUCCGGCCCGACCGCAGCCAUCCUUGGUCUGCGGCGCCGCUUCCCUGGCAAAGAAAGAAAGAAUAACACCUAUAACUUCCACAACCAAGAUGACGGAUGGCGGCCAAGACAACGAACUUGCUGCUCUGGAGAAAGUGUUGCUCGACAAAAGUGCGGAUCCUGUCGAUCUGCCUUUCUCGCUUCUCAAGGCCAUCACAGGGAACUUCUCUGAAGAUAAUGAAAUCGGCAGCGGCGGGUUCGGAGCGGUUUACAAGGGCGUGCUUCCAAGUGGUCGCACCGUUGCCGUGAAGAAGCUCUUUGAGAUGUACGAGAUCCUGGACAAGAAUUUCGCAAGCGAGGUCACCUGUCUUGCUGGGGUCCGGCACAAGAAUACCGUGCGAUUUCUCGGAUACUGCUCCGAGACGCAGCAAGUACUGAUGCCAUAUGACGGGAAGCGUGUCUUGGCUGAUGUGCGGCAUAGGCUGCUCUGCUUCGAGUACAUGCCCAAAGGGUGCCUUGCUGACUAUCUCCCUGAUGCAGCUUGUCGAUUUCAGUGGAUCACACGUUAUCAAAUAAUCAAGGGGGUCUGUGAAGGCGUACAUUAUCUUCACAAGCAGCGUAUUAUUCACAUGGACCUCAAACCUCAAAAUGUACUAUUGGAUGACAACAUGCUGCCCAGAAUUACGGAUUUCGGUCUAUCAAGACGCUUAAGUGAAAGCAAGAGUCGGGCUAUCACUGAAAACAAGCAUGGGACGAUGGGAUAUAUGGCACCAGAAUUUAUAAACAAGGGAGAAAUCACCUUCAAGACAGACAUAUAUAGUUUGGGAGUUAUAAUAAUGGAGAUCCUUAUGGGACAUAAGGACUACUCCAAUGUUAAGGAGAUAGUUGAAAGUUGGACGAACAAGUUCAGGACAUCAGAGAGCCAGACAGCACUGGAACAAGUAAAAGUAUGUGCUGAGAUAGGGAUAAAAUGCAUGAACUAUGACCCAAAGAAUAGGCCUGCUACAUGGUUUAUCAUUAGUGGAAUACUGGGUGAUGUGGAAAUUUCAAACUGGUCUAUUACAAGUGAUGUAGCUACCUCGACAGAAGGGCAGAUAGGCUUUGCCUCCAAGUUGGUGGAUGAAUUGAAGUUGAUGGAUGAUUCCGCUGCAGCAUCCGAACUGCAGCCAUCAGCGCUGGAGGUAGAGCAGGAGGAUGGCAAAGUGAGCCUAGAGAGUAAGGGGAAGGCAACAACAGUGAUUGUGGCAACUGGGGUGAUGAGCACCCUCAGUGCCAAGCUUGCCAAGCUCAUGGGCGACGAGUACAUUAAGCGCAAAGAGGUGAGGAAGCAGGCGUCCUUCCUCAAGAAGGAGUUGAGCACCAUAAACGCUGUCCUUGAGCAGCUGGAGCUCAUGGAUGAGCUCGCUCCAGCGCUAAAAAAUUGGAGGGAUGAUGUCAGGGAGAUCUCCUAUGACAUGGAGAAUUGCAUUGAUGACUUCAUGCGCCAAUUUGGAGGUGAGGAUGCUGAAGCAAGCUUCGUCGGCGAGGCUGCUGAACUUCACAAGAGGUUGUGCGAGCUUCAUAGGAUUGCCAACCAGAUGGAAGAGCUCAGGACUCUUGUGGUAGAAGCAAAUGCUCGACGUGAGAGCUACAAGAUUGAUGAUUGCAAGCCUAGCUUUGUGGGUGUCGACCCUCGGCUGUCAGCGGUCUACCAGGAGGCAACUAGCCUUGUGGGCAUUGACGGCCCAAGGGGGGAGGUUGCCAAUUGGUUGAUGGAUACUCAGAAAAAACUCAAGGUUGUGUCUGUUGUUGGUUUUGGAGGUCUGGGUAAAACUACACUUUCCAAACAGGUGUAUGAUAAGAUCAGGGGGCAUUUCAAGAGUGUGGCAUUCAUUUCAGUUUCACAGAAGCCUGAUAUGAGAGUGCUUCUCAAUCGCCUACAAUUGAAACUUGGGAUAAGUGUGUCUUCUCAUGAUUGCGGGUUUGAAGACAUCAUUGAAGAGCUAAGGAAGUAUCUCGCAGAUAAAAGGUACCUUAUUGUACUUGAUGACUUGUGGGAUCAAUCAGCAUGGAAUACUAUUAGUCUUGCUUUUCCAGAAAAUGGAAAUGGGAGUAGAAUAAUAGUAACGACACGAGUGGAAGAUGUGGCUAGUGUGGCCUGUCACAAUGACCAUAAGUGCAUUUACACAAUGAAGCCCCUCAAUGAACAGAAUUCAAGAAUGUUAUUCUCGAACAGAGUAUUUGGGUCUGAAGUUGUUUGUCCACCCUAUCUUAAAGACGUUGCGGCUGAAAUUCUGAAGAAGUGUGGUGGAUUGCCUCUUGCAAUUAUCACUAUAGCUAGCCUAUUAGCUACUCAAGUGAGGUCAAGGAAACACUGGGAGAGCAUAAGGAAAUCUCUGGGUGCCCAAUCUGCCACAAAUCCUUCAUUGAAAGAGAUGAAUAACAUAUUAAACCUUAGCUACACGCAUCUUCCUCUUCAUCUCCGGGCAUGUUUUCUGUACCUUGGUAUGUAUCCUGAGGACCACAUUAUAUGGCGGGAUCAUCUGGUUAGACAAUGGAUAGCUGAAGGCUUCGUCAGCAGUUUGCAUGGGUCAGAUUUGGAGGAUAUUGGCAGGAGUUAUUUCAAUGAGCUCGUCAAUAGAAGUAUGAUUCAGCCAUCAAAAACUGAGUAUGGAGAGGUGUUGUCUUGCACAGUACAUGACAUGAUGCUUGAUUUGAUCCUAAUCAAGUGUGUAGAAGACAAUUUUCUAAGUGUGGCGUACAAUUCUGAGGACAUGGCAAGACUGAUGCAUGGCUGCAAGUACAAUGUUCGCAGAUUAUCCCUGAGCUCCAUGGCUAUUGGUGGAGCAACAUAUGAGUAUGAUAUGGCUAUUGCUGCUAGACUGCCACAAGUUCGGUCAUUUAUAUUGUUUGAGAAUCCCAUACCACCUUUUUUGUGGUUCAAGUAUCUCAGGGUGCUCAUCAUUGUUAGGGGAAAGGAUAUAGUUGACCUCACUGCUAUUAGCCAACUGUUUCAGCUGAGGUGUGUGAUGGUUAGAGUCGAUGGGAAAAUAGAGCUCCCUACUGAACUUGGUAAGCUUGUUUACUUGGAGACACUGGACAUACAGAAAUGCAGGCUGGUAAAGAGCAUCCCUUCAGAUAUAGUUCAUUUGCCCCGCCUGUCCUAUCUGGGUCUUCCAAAUUGUACAGACCUGCCGGAAGGUAUCGAGAAUAUGAAAUCACUGCGCACUCUGCAAGAGUUUGACCUGGAAAAGAUCUCCCUGAAGUAUAUUAUGGAUCUCAGCGAGCUGACCAAUCUGAGGGAACUGAGUGUGAGAAAAGAGUUCAGUUUGGGGACGCAAAAAGUUGAUGCUUUGGCCUUCUCUAUUGGAAAGCUCCGUAACCUCGAAUGUCUGCGCAUCUUUGGUUGCCAUCUUGAGAGUGAGAACCUGCAGGUGGGCUCAUUAUCCAAUCCUUUUCAACAUAUGGAGCGACUUUGCAUGAGAACAUGGUGGUUCUGCAGAGUUCCGAAAUGGAUGGAUGGUCUCCAUUGUCUGCGCGUCCUUGAGCUGCAGGUUGAGGAGACGUCAACUGAGGAGAUUCAUCUUCUUGGAGAGCUUCCCUCCCUCGUCUACCUCAACUUUGGAGCGGGUAAAAUCCCUGCUGAAAGAGCUAUAUUAGGCACAGGACUAUUCCUAGUUCUGGAGUAUUUUUAUUGUAGUUCUCGGAAAGAUAUUACAGCGUACCUGGGGUUCGAAGCAGGGGCUAUGCCCAACUUACGAAUCCUUUGUCUCAGUGUGGUACAUUGGGGUGGCACCAUACCAGUCGGCAUGGAGCACCUGUUACACCUCGAGGAGAUCCGACUUGAUGGGGCCUUUCAUGAUGUUGUGUGCGCGUUCAAGGAGGCUUCGCUGGUGCACCCAAACCGCCCUUCCGUUAGUAGGUAAAAAGUAACAGCUUGUUGGCUCACAUCUAUAAGAUCAAGAACUAGAUUUUUCUUGUAAACUAACUGUCUGUAAUGGCUGUAACUCGGAUUAUGAAUGAAUGCAUGCUCCUGAUCUUCCC